AUGUCCCCCCUGCAGCGUCCCUGGCCAUCUCCUCCGGCCGAUGCCGGCAUCUGUCUUCUGGGUUCCGUUCCCUGUGAAGUCGGGACGUACAGGGGACAAAACGGCGGGAAUAAAUACAGUAAAAUCACAUAGUAUAACAUUACUGUAUCAAACCAUUUCACAUAAUUUUGUGCCGAGUGCUUUGUCCUGUGCCCUGCCUGCAUUUUUACUGUUCUUUCUGCCUGGAAACUGAGAAAUGUCCAUGGCGUCCAAAAAGCGUCCCUUUAGGUCAAAAGCAGUUUUAGACCAGCUAGAGAACAGCGAUAGUAAAUUAGAACCACUUGCAGAAUUGA